ACUGUCAAAUUUGACAACGAUACGAUUGCGACUUCGCAUGGACUUCGCGUUGUGGUUCAUUCGGUGUUAAAAUUAUUUAUCGCAUCCUAAUGUUGAAUAAAUCUGUUUAAUUAAAGCUGGCCUUCUGAAAGUAGAUAUGGCUAAUCAUUAUGAAGUGCCCAAUUGGGCUGGAAAACCACCGACUGGACUACACUUGGAUGUAUUAAAAGGGGAUAAAUUGAUACAAAAACUGAUGAUUGAUGAGAAGAAGUGUUAUUUGUUUGGUAGAAACCCACAGAUGAACGAUUUUUGUAUUGACCAUGCCAGUUGUUCGAGGGUGCAUGCUGCGUUUGUUUACCACAAACACUUGAACAGAGCAUUCUUAGUUGACUUAGGAAGCACUCAUGGGACAUUUAUUGGACAAAUGCGCUUGGAACCAAACAAGCCAACGCAGCUGCCUAUAGAUUCUAAUUUCCACUUUGGGGCUUCCACAAGAAAUUACAUAAUAAGAGAACGACCGACGGGCAACUCUCGAGGUAUAAUGGAGGACUUGCCCAACACAGAACAAGAAGGUGCGUUACUGGGUCUGCCUGAAACACAAACUGAAUUAGACAAUCUAACAGAAUUUAACACAGCACAUAACCGAAGAAUAUCCAUGUUGGGUAUAUCUACUGAUGAUGGCAGUGAUGUUAUGAAGCCUCCAACUGGCACAAAGAGAUCAGCAUCAAUGCCGGGUGGUAUAGCCAAGAAACAAAAACGGAAUGUCUCCUUCAAUGAGGAGGUGGACAUCAUCAACCCAGAGGACAUUGACCCCACUAUCGGCCGGUUCAGGAACUUGGUCAAGUCUACUAUAGUGCCAAACCCUAAUAGUGCUCCUAGGAAGUUGAAGCUACAAAGCUCUGAUGACAAUCAACAUCACCACUCACUGAGGCUGCAGGAGAUAUCAAGAGGUAACACCUUGUACUCCGACCUGCCUGCACCCAGCUCACACUUAAGUCUUAUUGGAGCUAGACUGGGCCUGUCGCUACCGAAUCCGGCGCCUGAUGUGGAACUCGAAGGUCCAGAGCCACACCUCAACAUACAUCCACCUCUACCACAUACAGCUCCAGAAGAAGCAGGUCCAUCAAGCGAGCCUCGCAAGAAGAAGUAUGCCAAAGAAGCAUGGCCGGGUCGGAAACCUGGUCUCAUACCAGGAGUAUGAGACUUACACUAAGCGUCUAAUCACACUGGUGGUCACAUUUGAAUAAAGGUAUUUUAAACUGUCAAACUCCGCGAGGACACUGGUGACCGCAACCUAUUGUUCUUUAAUUGUGUCUAUAAUGACGGUACUUAAGUUAAAAGCCAUUAUGCGGCACGAGUUUCCAUAUAAAAUUUUCAUAUCUAAAAUCAACGACACUGCUAAACCAAAUUAAAUUAAACUUGGUAAGUACUCAUACGCUGGUUAAAUACAUACUUAAUAGAGAAUGUUACAGUGACAUACCCAAAAUUUGUUCGUACAAAAAUAGUCUCUAAGCUUCGCAAAUAAGGUCUAUAAAGAAGUAAACCGGUGAUCGCUUCGGGAUUGAGCAGAUAAGAAAGUACCAACGCAUUUCUAUCUUUAAUUAGCUUAAUUAAUGUUGACUAUUACAUACCUACUACCUUUGACUAUGUUUAAAAAAAAAUACAAUAAGUAUACGGGACGUUUUAUUAUGACGAUGACGUCACAGUACAACGUUAAUUUUGUAUGAAAAGUGCAAGUCAUCAAAACUUUACUUAGACGCCUAUGAUUGGGCCCGUUUUGAUUGUACGACAAACCUAAGUAUACAGCGCCUUUAGCCAAACGCCACUUUAGCGCUUGCCUACAGAGAGAGUAGAAAACUAAAUGCAUGAGU